AUGCAUCUUAUCAAAAAUUGCCCCAUUGUUGUUACAAAAACUCCAUUUGAAGCAGUGCAAUUUAUUCGAAAAAAAGUUGAAUUAUUUGCAGACGAUUGUGAGCCAUUCUAUGCUGUUGAUUUGGAAGAUAUUUGCAAUAAACAUGUUCGUUGGUUAACAGCAAUGCCACGAGUGCAUCCACACUAUGCGGUAAAAUGCAAUGAUGAUACAGUGAUUUUAAAAUUACUUGCUUUUCUCGGAGCUGGUUUUGAUUGUGCUAGUAAGACCGAAAUCAAGAAAAUUAUUGAUUUAGGUGUAUCAUCUGAUCGUAUUAUCUAUGCUAACCCAUGUAAACAAUCGUCAUAUGUACAGUACGCAAAACAAGCUGGUGUUGAUACAAUGACAUUUGAUAAUGAACAAGAACUAAUGAAAAUAAAACAAGUUUAUCCUGAUGCUAAGCUUGUACUACGAAUUGUGACGGAUGAUUCAAAUGCUGUUUGUCGAUUUUCAAUGAAAUUUGGUGCAGAUUUGGAAACAGCACACUUCUUAUUAGAAAAAGCAAAAGAAAUUGACCUUGAUGUUAUCGGUGUUAGUUUUCACUGCGGUAGCGGACAGAUGACAAGUCAAGCAUUUGUGGAUGCAAUCAAAAAUGCACGAUCAAUAAUGAGUUAUGGUGACAAAUUGGGUUUUGAUAUGAAGUUAUUAGAUAUCGGAGGUGGUUUUCCUGGCAACACUGGAACAGAUGAACAUUUUACAAAAAUAGCGGGGGCAGUUAACAAAGCAUUAGAUGAACAUUUUCCUGUUCAAUGUGGGGUUCGUAUUAUCGCUGAACCUGGACGAUAUUAUGUUGCAUCGGCUUAUACACUAGCAACAAAUAUUAUUGCAUCACGUGAAAUGAUUGAUCCAGGUACCGAUGAAAAGAAAUUGAUGUAUUAUGUCAACGAUGGUGUUUACGGUUCAUUUAAUUGUGUAUUGUACGAUCAUUAUGUUCCAGAGCCGACUCUACUUAAGGAUACGUCUGGUGAACAGUAUACAUCUAGUAUAUGGGGUCCAACAUGUGAUGGUCUUGAUUGUAUAACAACUUCAGCACGUUUACCAAAAUUACCAGUUGGUGACUGGAUAGUUUGGAAAGAUAUGGGUGCUUAUACAAUAUCAGGUGCUGUUCAAUUUAAUGGUAUACCAUUUGGAAAGCCAUUGUAUUUUAUAGCUAAAUCAGUUUGGGAUAAUGUUAAACAAGCAUUUCAAGAAAAACAAAUCGAAUAUACAGUCGGCCGAAUUUAUCGUAUGAAUAGUGAAUGUGGAAAUGAAGUUGAAGAUGAAAUGGUACCAUGGGAAGACUUUGAAGAUCCAGUUUUGCCCAGUAUUCUUAUUUGA